GUCAGCACCGCGCGCAGGAGAGCAGACACGUUCUCUUCUGUUCACUGUUUAACUUUUAUUAUUCUUAUUUUAACCACUUUAAUUAUUGUAUUAAAAUGGCUACUGAAGUUGUGGAUGAUCACGAGAUCAGGGAAGCUCAGAGAGAUUACCUGGAUUUUCUGGAUGACGAUCAGGAUCAGGGGAUCUAUCAGAGUAAAGUGCGGGACAUGAUCAGUGAGAACAAAUUCCGCCUCAUCGUCAACAUUAACGACCUGCGCCGCCGGAACGAGGCUCGCGCUGCCAAGCUGUUGAACAAUGCUUUCAUGGAGCUCCUGGCGUUCCAGCGUGCUCUGAAGGAUAUGGUUGCCUCCGUUGAUGCCACCUACGCCAAGCAGUACGAGGAGUUUUUCAUUGGGCUAGAGGGCAGCUUCGGGAGCAAGCACGUCACUCCUCGGACUCUUACUUCCCGUCUGCUGGGCUCCAUGGUGUGUGUGGAGGGCAUCGUUACCAAAUGCUCUCUUGUGCGCCCUAAGGUGGUACGAAGUGUCCAUUAUUGCCCGGCCACCAAGAAGACUUUGGAACGCAAAUACACAGACAUGACCUCGCUGGAAGCUUUCCCUUCUAGUGCCAUCUACCCAACCAAGGAUGAGGAGAACAACCCCUUGGAGACCGAGUUUGGUCUGUCUAUUUAUAAAGACCAUCAGACCAUCACAGUGCAGGAGAUGCCUGAGAAGGCUCCGGCUGGCCAGCUGCCCCGCUCAGUGGACAUCAUCCUGGACAACGACUUGGUGGAUGCUGCCAAGCCAGGAGAUCGCGUGCAGCUCAUUGGCACCUACCGCUGCCUGCCAGGCAAGAAGGGAGGCUUCACCUCAGGGACCUUCAGGACCAUUAUGAUAGCUUGCCAAGUGAAGCAGAUGAGCAAGGAAGUCACGCCAUACUUCUCUGCUGAUGAUGUGGCGAAGAUCAAGAACUUCAGCAAGUCUCGCACCAAGAACGUGUUUGACCAGUUGGCACGAUCCUUGGCUCCUAGUAUCCACGGUCAUGAUUACAUUAAGAAAGCCAUCUUGUGUAUGCUGCUCGGAGGAGUAGAGAAGGUUCUAGAAAAUGGAUCACGCCUCCGUGGAGACAUCAACGUCCUCCUCAUAGGGGAUCCCUCUGUUGCGAAGUCACAGCUGCUGCGCUAUGUGCUGUAUACAGCGCCGCGUGCCAUCCCCACCACAGGCCGCGGCUCGUCAGGUGUCGGUCUCACCGCAGCGGUCACCACUGAUCAGGAGACAGGUGAGCGGCGUCUGGAGGCAGGUGCCAUGGUGCUGGCUGAUCGGGGCGUGGUCUGCAUUGAUGAAUUCGACAAAAUGUCAGACAUGGACCGCACCGCCAUCCACGAAGUCAUGGAGCAGGGGCGUGUCACUAUUGCCAAAGCUGGUAUCCAUGCCCGCCUGAACGCCCGCUGCAGCGUCCUGGCAGCAGCCAACCCCGUCUACGGCCGGUACGACCAGUAUAAGACUCCCAUGGAGAACAUCGGGCUGCAGGACUCCCUCUUGUCUCGUUUCGAUUUGCUCUUCAUCAUGUUGGAUCAGAUGGACCCCGAGCAGGAUCGUGAGAUCUCUGACCAUGUUCUGCGCAUGCACCGCUACCGCGACCCUCGUGAACAAGACGGAGCAGCAUUGCCUCUGGGUGGUACGGUGGAUGUUUUGGCAACCGAUGACCCUGAUGUGGCACAGGAAGAGGAGCAGGAGCUACAGGUGUAUGAGAAACACAACCAUCUUCUGCAUGGCAACCGGAAACAGAGGGAGCGCGUGGUGAGCAAACAGUUCAUGAGGAAGUACAUCCACGUUGCCAAGGCGAUUUCUCCUGUAUUGACCCAAGAAGCAGCCAAUCACAUUGCAGAGGAGUACACACGACUGCGCAACCAGGAGCAGCUCGGCACAGACAUUGCUCGGACCUCCCCGGUGACAGUCAGGACCCUGGAGACUCUGAUCCGUCUGGCCACGGCCCAUGCCAAAGCUCGCAUGAGCAAAUCCGUGGAGCUGGAGGACACAGAAGUGGCUGUGGAGCUCGUUCAGUUCGCCUACUUUAAAAAGGUUCUGGAAAAGAAGAAGCGCACCAGGCAGGAAGACCAUGAUGAAGCCUCUGAGAAUGAGGAAGAGGAAGAGGAGGAAGAUCAGGGCACCCCCAAACAACAAAGGAAGAGGAGGCGACGUUCGACUGAGCGCAGGCCGUCACAGAGCAGCGAACCCUACGACCCAUAUGACUUCACCACCGAGGCAGACGUCCCUCAGAUUCAAUCUCCAGCUCCUGCAAGACUCGAUGAGGAGCCCAUGGAGACACCUGAGCAGAAUGGCCACACAGAGCUGUCAGAGGACAGGCUGAAGGAGUUUAAAUCGGCGUUGCUGGAGGUCUUCCGUGCCGCACACGCUCAGUCGGUGGGCAUGAACGCGCUAAUGGGAGACAUCAACAAGGACCGCUCCACUCCGUUCGAGCAGGCCGAGGUCCGAGCUGCUCUGGCGCGCAUGCAGGACGACAACCAGGUCAUGGUGGCUGAUGAUAUAAUUUUCCUCAUCUAAAAUGGACAAAAAAACAAAAGAUGGAGAGAGGAAACAGAGAAAGCGAUAUCACUGCAGAGUGUGGACUUUUGUUGCCGAUGCACAUUUGGACGUGCAAGUUCUUUUUUUAUGUACAUGUUAAAAAUUUUUCUUUAAUUGUACCCCUUGGGUGGCAUUGUGUAUUAUUCAUAGAGUUGCUUUUUCUGUUACUGUUUGUUUGACAGGUUAAAAGAAAAAAGUUGUGUGCGUGCGUGCGUGUAUGUUUCAUUUCAAUGCAAUAAAAAUUAUUUAGUUGU